CACAUUUUUCUAUUUUCGCAGACAUCAGGACUUCGCCUCCGAUCUCUCUCUCUGUGGCAAAACUUUCCAAUUUCUUCUUCCCCUUUUCUUCAAAUUUUCUGCGUAAUUUUUUCUGAUAUUUGUCCUUUUUAUCUUUUGACUUUCGCAAAUGUAUUUUUUGCCCCCAACAAAUAAAUAGAGAUGCUGUAACCGUGCAUAGAUUCCCAAUUUUUGUUCCGCCGCAACCCAACGAUCUGAGAGGGGUCAAAGAUUUUGGACUGCCAACGGUCGGUUUUAGAGUGUUGGUAUUUUCAGAUUCGAUUGGGUCUUCAUAGUCUGUUUGGAUUCGGUGUAUUUGAAAAUUUUGUUUAGGGAAAGUUUGAACUAGGGUUUCGGGUUUAUUAAGGGUUAGGCUGUUUACUUUGGUGGUUUUGGGUGAGUGACUGAGUUCCUGUCAUUCGGGGCUCCCCUUAAGUUUGUUUUGUCGGUGGCUUUUCCUUCGGUAUAAACAUUCCGGGGUUUAGUUUUAGUUGGGUUUCCGGAGUGGAAAGGGAAAGCAGGGCCGGACUUUCGUGAAACUUAAGCGGUUUUUCUUUUUCUUUGGCGGAGUUGCCGAGAUGCCCCGGAGUUCGAGGCACAAAUCGCAUAAACAGAGCAAACACAGUUCAAAGGAUUACUCCGACUCUGAUGAGGAUGUAAUAAAGAUGAAGGAGAAAGGUAGUAAAGACGAAAACUCUGUUAGGGUUCAUAAGGAUUCGGCAUCUGGUGAAAAGCGCAAAAUUGCAUCCCAGGUGAGAGAAAGCAAGGACAGUAAAGAUCUGAGUGGGAAUGGCGAUGUAUUGGAGGCAUAUGUUUCAUCCAAACGGCGAAAAGAGAAAACUGAUGUUGGUGGUGAUAGGUGGAAUGGGGGUGGAGAUGACAGAGGGGACAGCGAUAGGAACAUGGAAAGGGAAAUGCAUAAAGGGGAGAGCUUGAAAGUUGACACCAAAUCGAAGGAAAAUAGCAAUAAAGGUGAAAACAUGAGAAUUGAGUCAAAGAAUAAGAGUAAACGGCACGACAGUGGAAUUGCUGGUGAGAGAAAAGAGGACAGUUUAGCAUCUGUAUUGGUGGACAAAGAUGAUGGUAAGAGUAAAGAUGAGAUGAAGCGGAAGUCUGAGAGGGAUUCUUCUGCACGUAGAGAAGGGAAGGAGUCGAAAGACAAGGACCGCAGAUUGGACAAGGAGAAGAAUGUGGGUCCGGAGAGUAAGAGUGGUGAUGCUGACGAUGUUGUGAAGAAGCAAGGGACCCUAUGGAGGGAUUUUAGUGAGGAGAGACAGGGUAAGCGGUCGCGAGAAAAUACUGAGCGUACUUCACAGGACGAGUCGCAAAAUCCUGAGUUGGAGAAGGAGAUUGAGAAAAGGAUACGCAAAAAAAGAGAAGGUUCUAGUGAAAAAGAAAAACAUUAUGAUGAUUUUAAAGAAGGUGAUGAGAGACGGUUGUCCUCAAGAGGUGAUCGUGCCAAAGAUGUGAAAUACAGAGAUGAUAAGCAUAAGGAUGGUGGCUAUGUGGAUAAAUAUCAUGAAGAUAGUCAUAAGGAUGACAGGCGGAGGGAUGAGAAGUACCGGGAAGAUGCUGACAAGGAUAAUAAACAUCAUAAUGAUAAAUAUCGAGAAGGUGGUGAGAAAGAUGCCAGACGUAGAGAUGACAGAUAUCGGGAAAAUGGUGAUAGAGACACUAGACGAAAGGAUGAGAAACAUCGUGACGAUGGAGAACGAGAUGGCAGGCGGAAGGAUGACAAGUACCGGGAAGGUGUUGAAAGAGAAAGCCGACGAGAUGAGAAGUACCAUGAAGAUGGUGAUAGGGAUAACAGAUGUAAGGAUAGCAGAUAUGCUGAAGAUGGAGACAGAGAUAUUAGACGUAGUGAUGAAAGGUAUUGUGAGGAUGGAGACAGAGAUGAUAGGUGCAAGGACAAUAUUUAUAGAGAUGAAGAGGGUAGAGACAAUAGGCACAAGGAAGAAAAGUUUCAUGAAGAUAUUGAAAGAGACAUUAGGCAUAAGGAUAGUAAGCAAGGGGAUGGAUUUGAUAGAGAUAAGAGACCCAGAGACACUAAGCAUAGGGAUGAACGAGCCUCAAGAGACCGUUCUGGUGAUAAGUCUGAUCCUAAGCGCUCUAGGGAUGAUGCUUAUGCUACUGAUCGUCAUGCUAGAAAAUCAAGUGCUUAUGAUGAUAGUCCAACCCAUGACGAUCGAGCAGCCAGGUAUCGAGAUGAUCAAGAUAGGAGAAGAACUAAUGAAAAAGAUGAUUAUGGUGAUAUUAGAUCUCGAGGUACAAAGGAUCAAAGAUCUGAUGCUGACAAGAAAAGUGCAAGAGUAGACCAUGCUUCUGAUAGAGUACGGUCUUCUUCUAGAAAUUCUGAAUUAGAGCAUACUUCUAGCCACAGCAGAAGGCGGAGUUCGCCCAGCUCAAGUUCUCAUGCUCCAAGGGAUAACUAUAGGGCCCUGAACCAAGACGAGUCGAAGUAUAGAGAUUAUAAUUAUGAAGAGAGAGUGCGACACAACAUAACUUCAGCUAGAGAUUAUGCUGGUGGUGUUGGAGGAUUGGAGAAGACUUCUUCAUCUCGGUCAUUGGAGAAACAUGGUCAAAAGGACGAUGGUCAUUUGAGGUCAUCGCCUUUGCAGCUAGUGGAUAAAUCUCCAUCAUCAAACACUGAUAGGAGACAGUUUGGUAGGCCUGAUGUAAGACGGAGUAUUGAUGUCGAAGAAUCAACACAGAGGAGUGGUGGUUCCCAAGAUUGGAGGGGGUAUUCUGGCAAGGAAGGUAAGGGUAGCCGGGAGUUGGGCAUGGAUGUACUGCCUGGAGAAGAGCUUCUACAAGCUGAUGUGGAUACCUUAUCGGUGUCUUCACCUUUUAUGAGAAACAACCAUUUCUCUAGCAGUUCAAGGUCAUUUCCACCUGCUCCCCCCUUCAGAACUGGUGUGGAUAGCCCUUUACUGGGCUCAGCUGAAGAGGAUAGCAGGGGUAAGUCGAACAUCCGCCAUAGGAGGAUUGGUGAUCCUAACAUGGGAAGGAUUCAAGCAAAUGCUUGGAGAGGCGUCCCAAACUGGCCUUCUCCUAUGGCAAAUGGUUUCUUGCCUUUCCCACAUGCUCCACCUCCUGUGGGUUUUCAUUCAGUUAUGCAGCCAUUUCCUGCUCCACCAAUGUUUGGAGUCAGACCAUCGAUGGAGUUAAACCUUCCUGCCCCUUACCAUAUUCCGGAUGCUGACAGGUUUUCUGGCCCUGGCCGCCCAAUGGGAUGGCAUAAUCAGGUGGAUGAUUCAUGUCCUCCAUUACAUGGAUGGGAUGCAAAUAAUGCUGUCUAUGGUGAGGAAUCUCAUAUUUAUGGGAGGUCGGAUUGGGACCAAUCUAGGAACAUGCCUCGUGGUAGAGGCUGGGAGACAAGUACAGAUUUGUUUAAAGGGUCAAACAGGAGUGCAAGCAUGGAGAUGAUAUCUUCUGAGAAAGAGAACAACUCCACUCGAAGUGGAGAUGAAGCUUUGGCCGCUCAGUCCAUCCAGCCAGCUCAAAGUGAGCAAACUCUAGCUGAUCAGCAGGCAGACAGCUCUGACAUUAAUCAGUCGAUAAAAAGCUUUGGGAAGAAUGACAUUGAGGUUCCCCUUAUUAAUCAGGAGGAUACUAGUGACGUAGCUAAAAUGUCUGGGAAGGAUGAUGUACCCCUCUGCCAUGUUUACCUUUCCAAACUGGACGUUUCUGCUGAUCUUACUGACCCUGAAUUAUUUAAUAAGUGCACAAGCUUGAUUGAUCUGGAUCCGAGCAUAUUGUCUGAUGGUGAUGAUUCUAGCAUUCUACGUAUGGAGGGUACAGAAGCUAAGAUGGUACCUCAUAGGAGUUAUGCUCUUUUUGUGUCUACUGAUGAUUCUAUUUUCCAGAAAUCAAUCUCUCUCUAUAAGAUGCAGAAAGAAAACUUUUGGGCUGAAUAUGGUGAGAAACGCAAAGUAUUGAGUAAGCUGGUUCUGAAUACUGAUCGGGGGGAUCAGAACGCAGAAGACAACAAAACUGAGAAGCGGUGCCCAACAGACGACAUGCAGGGUGUAGAGGAUGCUCUUCCAAACUUUGGAACUGAGGCAGAUCAUAAGAAUAGUUUGCAGCAGGUAGGACUGGGUGGGGAAUCCCUGAAACAGGAAGUGGGUCCACCAGUUGGCGACACAAUUGAAACAUCGAAACAGCCGGUUUCUGCCUCAGACCCUGUUAACAUGGAGGAAACUUUUGAAUUUGACCAGGAACUAGUGGAGCCAGAUGUUAAGGAGAAGCCCUUAUGUGUGGCGAGUGUUGAAGGGUCUGAUUCUCCUUUACCAUCAGAGGUGAAAGUUGCGCAAAUGGAGUCUGGUAGUAACAAUGAUGAACUGAAAUUUGUAGAUACUAGGUGCGGUGCAUUGGUUAAUUCUGAUGAUGUGUCCUCAGAGGCAUGUGAGGCAAUGAUGCCAGAGUCAAUCGUGUCUGGGUCACUAAAUUUAAGUCGGAUACACCAUUCUCCUGAAAGUACACAUUGAGACAAUUUAUUUUUCUGAGUUUUUGAAAAAUGCCGUUGGUGUUUUCUUAUCUUGUGAUCUCGUCUGUGUUUGCUGCCUAUCUAGUUAAUGAAUAAAACUCUCGUGUUCUUCUAUCGUUUUCUCUGUCAAGUUUCUCUUUCUAGAUGGGAAACUUGGUGUUGUUUCUUCCUCCGAAUUUAAAGUUUCACCUGGCCGGA